ACCAUGAGCCCCGGCGCUGCUGCCCGCCGAGGCCGAGCCGGAGCCUGCGGGGCCGCUGGGCGCGCCGGGCGGGGGUCGCUGCACCCUCCGGCUUGGCUCUUCCUGCUGUGGCUAGUGGCCGGCCGCACCCGCGCCGCGGACUACGAGGCUUGUCCCAGAGUGCAGCCAGACAUGCUGAACGUCCACCUGGUGGCCCACACACAUGAUGAUGUGGGCUGGAUCUAUACAGUGGACCAGUACUAUUAUGGGGGACAGAAUGACCUGCUGCACCCAGGUGUGAAGAAUAUCCUGGACUCGGUGUUCGCUGCCCUGCAGGCAGAGCCCAGCCGUAGGUUUGUCUACGUGGAGAUGGCCUUCUUCUCCCGCUGGUGGCACCAGCAGACGAACGCAACGCAGCAAGCUGUGCAGGAACUGGUGCGCCAGGGGCGUCUGGAGUUUGCCAAUGGUGGCUGGGUGAUGAACGACGAGGCGGCCACCCACUAUGGUGCCAUCGUGGACCAGAUGACCCUGGGGCUGCACUUCCUGCAGAAGACAUUCGGGGAAGACGGGCGCCCCCGUGUGGCCUGGCACAUUGACCCCUUUGGCCACUCUCGGGAGCAGGCUUCCCUGUUUGCUCAGAUGGGUUUUGAUGGCGUCUUCUUGGGGCGAGUGGAUUACCAAGAUAGAGAGGCACGAAUGAAGAGGAAGAAGAUGGAGCUGGUGUGGCGAGCCAGUGCCAGUCUGAAGCCCCCGACCGCUGACCUCUUCACUGGUGUGCUCCCCAACCUUUAUGACCCCCCAAAGAAUCUGUGCUGGGACACGCUGUGUGAUGAGAGGUCCAUAGUGGACAACCCUGAAGACUUCCAGUACAAUGCCCAAGAAGUGGUUGAUUAUUUCCUGCGUAUGGCUGCUGACCAGCACCGGUACUAUCGCACCAACCACAUCGUGAUGACCAUGGGUGGUGACUUCCACUAUGGGUACGCCAACUCGUGGUUCAAGAACCUUGACAAGCUCAUCCAGCUGGUCAAUGCGAAGCAGGAGAACGGGAGCCGGGUCCAUGUGCUCUACUCCACCCCUGCGUGCUACCUGCGGGAACUCAACAAGGCCAACCUCACCUGGUCAGUAAAAGAGGACGACUUCUUUCCGUAUGCUGAUGGCCCCCACCAGUUCUGGACCGGCUACUUCUCCAGCCGGCCAGCUCUCAAGCACUAUGAGCGUGUCAGCUACAACUUCCUGCAGGUGUGCAAGCAGCUGGAGGCACUGACAGGCUGGGAGGCCAACAAGGGACCCUAUGGCUGGGGAACCAGCACAGUCCUCGAGGAGGCGAUGGCCGUGCUGCAGCACCAUGAUGCCAUCUCUGGCACCGCCCGCCAGAAUGUGGCAGAUGACUAUGCACACAAGCUGGCCACAGGCUGGAGACCCUGCCAGGUUCUCAUGAGCAACGCCCUGGCAUGGCUCAGUGGCUCCAUCGAGGAUUAUUCCACCUGUCCGGGCCUCAACAUCAGCUUCUGUGUGCUCAGCCAGAUUUCAGCUCGAUUCCAGGUCACCAUUUACAACCCCUUGGGGCGGAAGGUGGCUCACAUGGUGCGGCUGCCAGUCAAUGAAGGCACCUUCCUUGUGAAGGACCCCAAGGGCAACGCUGUGACCAGUGAUGUGGUGAUGAAUCCACAAGCAGAGACACAGAUACCCAUCCCAGAGCUGCUGUUCCCAGCCUCAGUGCCUGCCUUGGGCUUCAGCGUCUACUCCAUAGCCCGAGUGUCUCGUCAGAACCCCAAGUUCCACAUGCCCAAGUCCAUUCCCCGGCACUCCAAUUCAGAUGUCUUAAUGAUCCAAAACAAGUACAUUCGGGCUACAUUCAGUGCUGAGACUGGCCUCUUGAUGAAGAUUGAGAACAUGGGCCAGAAAGUUGUACUGCCUGUGAGCCAGUCUUUUUUCUGGUACAAAGCCAGUAUAGGUGACAGGAAACUCCAGCAGUCCUCUGGUGCCUAUGUGUUUAGACCACACCGACGACAGCCACUGCCCGUGAGCCAGCGGGCUGAGAUCUACCUGGUGAAGUCAUCCUUAGUGCAGGAAGUGCACCAGAACUUCUCAGACUGGUGUUCCCAGGUGGUUCGCCUGUACCGGGGACAGCGGCACCUGGAGCUGCAGUGGACAGUGGGCCCCAUACCCACUGCUGAUGGCUGGGGAAAAGAGGUCAUCAGUCGCUUUGACACGCCGCUGGACACCAAGGGCCACUUCUACACGGACAGCAAUGGCCGGGAGAUCCUGACCAGGAGGCGGGAUUAUCGGCCCACCUGGAGCUUGAACCAGACCCAGGUGGUGGCAGGCAACUACUACCCAGUCAACACCCGCAUUUUCAUCAAGGAUGGGGAGAAGCAGUUGACGGUGCUGACGGACCGUUCGCAGGGGGGCAGCAGCCUACGGGACGGCUCGCUGGAGCUCAUGGUGCACCGGAAGCUGCUGCGAGAUGAUUUCCGCGGAGUCGGGGAGGCGCUGCUGGAGCAGGGCUCGGGCUUGGUGGUGCGAGGGCGCCACUUGGUGCUGCUGGACGCGGUAGACCAGGCGGCCGCGGGGCAUCGGCUGCUGGCUGAGAGGGAGGUCCUGGCCCCACAGGUGUUUCUGGCCCCAGGCGGGGGCGCUCCAUACUUCCAGGGAGCCCCAAGGCGCACACAGUUCUCAGGCCUGCUCAGGGAGCUCCCGCCCUCUGUCCACCUGCUCACACUGGCCCGCUGGGGCCCGGACAGACUGCUGCUGCGCUUGGAGCACCAAUUCGCCCUUGGGGAGGACUCAGGACACAACUUGAGCUCUCCUGUGACCUUGAAUUUGCAAGACCUGUUCUCCACCGUCACCAUCACCCACCUGCAGGAGACCACGCUGGCGGCCAACCAGCCCCGAGAAAGUGCCUCCAGGCUCAAGUGGACCCCAGACACUGAUGCUGCACCGUACCCCCCUGCUGCCCCUGUGGACCCGACCACCAUCACGCUGCAGCCCAUGGAGAUCCGCACCUUUGUGGCCUCAGUCUUGGGGGAACUGGACCCCUGGAGCCACAGAGAAGACCCCUUAGACUUCUGAGCUCUCUGAUUGCUGCUUUGUCACCCGUCAAUGCCAUUAAAGUGACACUGCUAAGCAUGA